CAGCAUUACAAAACGGCAAGUUACAUCAUUCCAUCUCACCGCCAUAAAAAGGUUGUUGAGUUGCCGGCAGUUCAGGUGACUGGAGGCAAUACUCGGUGGAUCCAGAGGCUCUGUGAGACUGCAUGGAGCGUGGCAGAUGGGGGCAAGUUGUCUUGAUCAUUUGUGAGGAUGUAAAGACUGCAGAUGAACUGAAGACAAAAAUGCAUGGCCAAGAAAGACAACCCAAUCAGAUCACCAUGUACACAAUCAGCGAAAAGCACAACAUCGAGAAACGCAACUUCAGCCAGGGAAACAUCAUCAUCGCUACAAACCUUGGCGGCCGUGGGACAGACAUACAUGUUCAGCAGGAAGUAAACAAGUGUGGAGGUCUCUUUGUGCUCCUCACAUACUUCCCAGGAAGUCAGCGUGUGGAGAGACAGGUCUUUGGGCGCACUGCCCGGAAAGGAAAUCCAGGGAUGGUGCAGAUGAUACUCAACCAGGACUACCUUGCACCAGCAUACCAAGGCCAGUCAGUUGAAACCAUGAGACAACUCCGAGAGGAGUACGAGGUCAGCCGUUUACACAGUAUGGAGAGAGAUGAGCUGUUCGAAAUCAAAAUGAAGGAAAAUCUGUUCUCCAUAUUUUGUACAUAUCUCUGUGACUUUGACAAGAACUACACACAGGAGGAGAAGAGUGACUUCAUACAAAUGAAGGAUGUUCCAGAGUGCUUUAGGAGCUAUCGUAAAAAGUUUGAUUAUCAGAUUGCACUCAAUGCUUUGAAAGAAUCGUGGGCUUUGUGGCUCAUUCUCCACAAAGAGCAUAUCAGUAGGCAUGAUGACAUCAAUACGCUGAGAGAAGACUUGAAGAAACACUUGAGGAAUACAGGCAUCCAUCUCCUCCAGGGGAGAAGCAAGAAUUUCUAUGAUUACAUCAAACAGGCAAAAAGCAGAACCGAUUUGUACUGCAUCGACAAGAAGAAACCUGACUGUGGAGCCAUGUUUUACUGGCGGAGUGCUGCAGAGUGUGAUCCUUUCUACAGUGCUGUGGCACUUUACAGUCAAGCAUACGUCACGAUCAACCUAGGAAAGAAGGACUACAUAAUUAAGGCAAGAAUAUUAUUGGAGAACGCAAAGACUGCAGUGGAUGUCUUCCUCUCAGAGUCAACAAACACAAUGAUGCUUUGUAAUUUGUCAGUGACAAGUGACUUUGCACCACACCGCAAAGACACCAAUCUACAGACCCAAAUGCAAGCCAGGAUGAAUAUCUUCAAAUCUUGGAAAGAAUACAUUGAAAAUUCACUGAAAACUCUUAAAGAACUUGAGAGCAGCAGAAGUGAUGCAAUCACAGAGGAUUCCAUUGUCUACAAUCUUUCAAAAGACAAAGAUCCCAUCACCACUAAAGAACUGAUAGCACUCGAUGAGUACGGCCUGGGCAUUGUAUUCCAGAUUAAAAAGAAGCCUGAAUUCUGCUACGAUGCCCUUGGUUGUUUUAUUCUUGGUUUUCUUCAAGUAGCAGCGGGUGUUCUUGUUUGUACUCUGUCAUGCGGCACCGCCAGUCAGUUUGGACUUGGAUUGAUCAGCGAGGGGGUAUGUGACAUGAUCCAGGGGAUCAAAGGCAUGAUACAGGGAGGCUUUGACUGGGCUGAGUGGGCCAUCUCCAAAGCCAUCAGCAUCGGGGUGUCUCUGCUCUGUGGUGGAUUCGGCCGACUCAAGAAAGCUGUGAGUGCAGCACGUAGCGGCGCAAAAGGUCUGAUCACGGGGGCUAAGUGUACCUCUGUCAUUACAGUGAAACAGUGUUUGAAGCAUGCAACGAAAUACACUGUUCAGGAACUGGCAAAGCAAGGAUGUGUCGACGUUCUGAGUCAUGCUGUUGACAAGGGACUUAAAGCUCUUUUUCAAAAAGUUCUGACGCAAGCCUUCAAGGACAAGGUAGUUUCAUUGAUAAAAGCAAAUGCUCUCCUGGGUAAGGCUCUCACAGAUUUAAUUUGCUCAGGAAUACCAAAGGAUGCCCUGGAAAAUGGGUGUAGUGACUUCACAAUUGACAAGGGAUGUGAGGGACAAAUGUGUAAAUCAGUGGAUGUGAUGACAAGACAAGUUAUUCCUGACCUAAUGAUGGAUUGUACCACGGUCAAUAAGGUGGUUGAUGGACUUUCAAAUGUCUGUGGUGCUGUAACACAGCUUAUAAAGGACGAGAAACAGUUUGCUAAAAUGGAAAAAGUAACAAUGUGUUUGCAAUCAGCUAAAUAUAUCACGCUUUAUGUACAAAUACUGAAUUCAUGUCCUACAGAGCAGGUCAUCAAUAGAACCUUUGUUCCUAAAUUGUUGCAAACUAUGGAUAAACUACCACAAGAGAAGUAUGAGGACCAGGAUGGAAGACAUAGUUUAUCAGAUGUGAAACGCCUUAAAGAUGAACUCAUCAACAUUAUUGCAGAAAGUGUUUCAAACUCAUUCAUCCAGGCUUGUUCUAGGCACCUGACCUCCUUAACGACCAAAAGGUUCUUGAGUCAAAUAAACUACGCUGCUGGUAGUGCUGUCAGCAAUAUACUCGGCAGGGGGGACACCAAAAGUUUCUUUGACAACCAGCUGUAUAAGCACAAUAUGAAUGUGGCCAGCCACAGUUCAUGUGAGAUUCUGUCGGAGCCUGAGGAGAAAGACUUAAUGUGUUACAUAGAGGACAUUUGUGAUGUUGACCGCCCUGCUACGGCUUUGGACAUCCACGUUCUCACCCAGAGUGAUUCUCUCGAAGGCAAAGGCAUCAAAUUGAUCGCGGUGGACAAAAGUGGGAACAAGCUUUCAGAAGAUUAUUACCCUGGGAAGGACAGCUCAGCCGAUGACAUAGUACUCCUUCUGAAGAAGGAGCCAGAACGGACGGAAGGAUUCCUCUCGGGAUUAAAACAACGGCUCUGUGGUGAACAGAGCCCAUACAGUGGACAUUUUGAAAUUCUGGGACUGGAUGGUACUACGAUCCCGGUCAAUUCAGAGGGUCAAAACUGCCUAUAUCAUGCUGUUGUCCAGGCAACAAGCAAAAACCAGGGUGAUAUAACAAAUCAGGCAGUGAGCCUUCGGAAUGAGGUCAAACAUGCUCUUCAAAAAAAUGUACACCGAUACGCAAAACUUUUGCAGCUGCAGAAGGGAUAUGAAGAAACAUACAAAUCCCCCGAAAAAUAUACCAUCUCUGGAGGGGGAGAAAAGACACGAAAUGAGUCAAAAAAAAAAUAUAUGGACCGCUUCAACAAGACUGACAUGAGAGAUUUACCUGAAGGUGAUGUGUCUGUUAUCAAGACCUACAAUCUUGGUAUGAUUGGAAAGCAUCAUGAUUUACUCGGCACAAACAAUAACAAUAACAAGAUAAUUGUGAAUGCAGACCACAUUCCACCUAAAAAUACUUUUCACAAGGCUUUGGAAAUCUUGAAUACAACAGGAAUGCAUGACGAACUAGAAAAAAAGAAUCCAUCGCUUUAUAGAAUGAUAACUGCUGAUAAUAGGGACAAGGGGCUAUGCAGACAAGUUCUUGUGGAAGAUCACAGAAUAAUCCUGACCACCGGAAACAGCAAAGUGGCUCAUAAAAUCAGGGAAAAGCUUGCUUACGCUGCUGCUGACGGAGAUGUUGAAAAACUGAUCAAGAUGUCAGUGAUGGUGGCCAAUCCAGAGAUUUCACAAUCUUUCAGGAAGGAUGCAGGAAUACCCCGAGGUAAACAAAGACGUGCUAUUUUGUCCAAAGAAGCAACCAGGCAGUACCAUAACAUUGGAGACAAACUGCUCGUGGAAGGUUACUUGAAAGCGGGUCUCAUAGACCUGAACACAAGUAGAGAUCUUAUGACAUGGCUGGAUCAAGGGCAUCUCUAUUCAAAGAACACAUCAGAGUAUCAUGAACUCCUCAAUGUGAUGAGACCUGAAAACUAGACUUCUACAGAUUUCUCUCAUACCUAUGUGAAAAUGAAUUGAUGAACAACUAGGAAAUGAGAGUCAAACAUGAAUAAAGGUUUUUUAAAAGCCAAAGCAUUCUCUUCCACCUCUCUCUACCCCAGUACAUUCUAAUUGACAAAGCUAUUUGUCAAGCUGUCACCUAUUUUUAACCUGUGGCACAGAUGUUUUUUGCAUCUUUUUAUAGACCAAAUAUAUAUAUAUACUGUAUAUAGAGAGAGAGAGAGAGCGAGAGAGAGAUAAUGUAAUAUAUAAUCCUUCACAUAUAUGGUAUUAUUAUAAUUAUUGUACUUUUUUUUUAUUUGUUUGACUUUAAAAUGUCAUGCAUAUGUUUAUUAUCAUGUUUGUGUCUUAUCGAUGCUUAUCUGUAUAUAGAUUAAAAGUGCAUGAUUAUGUUUUGGCACUCCGAACCCUAUAAUGAGUUAUUCAGACUCUGGCUCACAGCGCUGUGUCUCUGCUGGCUUUGCACCAAGCCUUUGUGCACCUACCAACUUUGGUGAAAUUAAAGGCCCAGACCUGGAUUGCCCCAAA